GCACUCCGAUACAGUCGGUCCCUUCGUGAGAAUGAGCACCGCUGUCUGGGUGAUUCGGAACCCGGAGGGUAUUGAGUGCCACCUCGGGGGGUUAAACUGAGAAAAUUGGAGGGCCACUACCCUGAUAAUUACGCGAGCAGCAUCUACGGUCGUGGCAUAAUGACAAGAGCCGGGUGAUCGUGGCUUCACGCCUUAUUGAGACCGCCCGAGGCUUUCUCGAUAAUCCAAUACAGCCACAACUUCAACACACUACAAUGGCUCCACACCAAACCGCAUACGAUGUUGAAGACAAAGUCGCUAUUGUCACAGGGGCUGGAUCCGGUAUCAACCAUGCGCUGACGGAGAUCUUGUUGCAGAAUGGUUGUUCUGUGGUUAUGGUUGAUCUGCGACUGCGUCCGGAGGCGGAGGCCACACUCUUAAAGUACCCUCACCCAGCACCGGACGCCGGUAAACCAUCUGCAAUCUUCUUGCAAACAGACCUGGCAGACUGGGCGCAGCUGCAGAGCCUGUUUGACCGUUCAGUGGCAGCCUUUGGCAAAGUCAACAUCGUAGUCAACGGAGCAGCGGUCUACGAGCCUCCAUGGAGCACUUUUUGGAACGCUCCCGGUAUCUCACCACACGCGAGUGACUCGGUCGAUUGCAAUCCUGGAGUCUACAAGCUGUUUGCUAUCAAUACCAUGGCUCCAAUCCGAUUGUCGCAAAUUGCAAUGGAUUAUUGGCUGCAAAACCGGGACAUUCAAGGAAAUCUGAUGUGGGUAGCCAGUGUGACUGGCUAUGUGCACAUGAUGCAGACUCCACUGUAUUGUAGCAGUAAAGCAGCCAUCAUCAGUAUAGCCAAGAGCUUUGGCCCUCUAAGGCAGAUGUUUGGGAUCCGAAAUGCUGCAGCAUGUCCUGGCCCAACGAAAACUCCACUGUUCGAUCAAGACUAUUGCAGAGACCAGCUGCUUCCAACCGAUAUCGGCUUAACGCAAGGACAAGCAGCAGAAGAGAUCUUCAAGAUCUUGACAGAGGCCAAGUAUGGCGAUGGCAAUAUCGUGGAGAUUGUGGCCAUCAGCGAAACUCAAGUAGAGUCAAGCGUGCAAACGAGAGAGGUGGUACUGGAAAGCCUCUAUCCCAACCUCCUUGGCAAUCAUCACCUAGAAGAGAACCAGCGGUUUAGUGAAAAAUUAAUGGAAAAAGGCAUGAGAGACUGGAUGAAUUGAUUGUAAGUGAGUAAGUACUGUGUUAAAAGGGGCUCCAUAGUGAGGGCCAGCUUCCUGAUUGGGACUAGUGGCCAACCACUUAAAUAGCUUCUGCAGUCUCUCUCUCUUAACGACUUACAACUAAUUCAAUUCAAUGAGUUACUCCUGCAACCUCAUCUUUCAACAUACUCGUGCAUAGUCGU